AUGGAAGCCGCACCCCCGAGCUACGAGAAGGCCACCUUGAUCGACUUCUGGGACAUUGUGGCGCGGUAUAUGCCCUCGAACGACCUCUGUUCAGCAGCGCUAGUAUGCAGCAGAUGGCAUACCACAUUCGCGCCUCAUAUAUGGGGCAAUCCUGCGUCACACUUCGGACUGGAGAAUGAUCGUGUCUAUGUCGCUUUGACACGAUUCAAGCGAACUCUGCAGACUGCUCGACUACUGCUUCGGAGCAUGACGCAUACCUUGCAUCUACCUCCCGCGCAUGCCGAAAUCUACAAUGGACCGCAAGCAGACUGGCUUCGAGAUGUCAUGGAACGACUUCCGAAUUUGCAAUCACUGAUCGUGAGAGGGCUGCCAUUCUUUGACUAUGCCGCUUUACAAGCCCUAGUACUUUUCCGCAAGAAGCCGGAAGACAGGAGAGCGCCUCCGCUGGGCGUGAUAGAGCUUCCUGCGUCUAGUGGUAGUUUCUUCCAAAGUCCAGCCACGACUAUUCCGUCUUUUGGUUUGCGGCUACUGGAUGCAUCUCGAUGUCCUAAUGUCACGUCAAGUGGUCUUGCUGCAGCAUUGGGAAGAUUCGAAGGCCUGUUAUAUCUUGAUCUGUCCUUUUCAUAUCCGGCGCGAGAUCCAGCUGUGUUGGACACGUUGAGAAAGUUUUCUGGCCUGCAAGUCUUGAAGCUAAGAGGAGUGAGUCUCAAGGAUGAGAGCAUAGAGGUUCUUGGCAAAGCUAUUGGUGUCCGUGUGCGCAGUCUUGAUGUGAGGGACAAUCAGUUGACUGAUCGUGGUGUUCGUGCACUGCUAGAGUGUUGCUUUGUUAGCAAUGCGGACGCAAGUAAUGCUUUUACAUCACUGGCAUCUGGCCAAAGAUCUCCAACUCUACUUCCAUAUCUAGGCUCGGAAAUGCUGGAGAUCUACCAGGGCGAAGACUUUGAAGGCUACCUGAGGAACGCAUUCACUGGUCGGUUCGUCUCACGUCUCGCUAUCGAAGAUGCUCCGGCAGGAGGCAUCACGCAUCUCUACAUCGCCGGCAACAUGGUCACUGUUGAAGGUCUAUCUGGACUGGUUAGAGCGCAAAGGCUUCACGUUUUAGACAUUGGCCCAGUUGCAGCUGCAAGAGUUAGACAUCACUCAUUCUCUGGCGGGGAACAGGAAUCCAAUGUGACCAUGCCGGGUGUUGAGAAACUUACGCCAAUCUUUGCAAAGCACGCCGCGGAUGCUCUGACUUUUCUGCGAGUCGACCACGGUCUUAUCACAAAAGAUGCGCCUCAGUCACACCCUGAAGAAGUUGUGCAAGGACGAGUCGAGCUUGGAGAUACUUCUCUACCAUACAUACCAACACAUGCUGCUGAACUGCCUGCAAAUGCCGUUCGCCCAGAAGCAUUUGAGCUUGCAACUGAUGAGCAGACGCCACGAUUUGAGCUUGAAGCUGACCCGAUCACAUUCGCAAUAUCGCCUGCUGCAGACGAUACUUACAAGAUCGCAACUCCUCAAGAGCCUGAUCGGCGAGACGAUACCUUCAAAAUUGUGGAUGAUGGAAACUCCGGUAGCCCAAGCGAAGCGCGGCGAGGUAGUGCCUUAGCUCCAGAAGUGGUCGAUUCCCUCACGAAUGGCAUGCGAAACACUAUGCUCAGCCCUAUAUCGGCCAUGGGAGAAGGGACGACGAUGUCAAUGAAUGGCAUACCAUCUCCAAUAGCACUUGACUCACCUAACCCAUCACCCCCUCGCACACCACGUCCACGGAGCUACUCCUCGAUUGCAACGGAGCGCAAAGCACGGCUGAAUGCGCACGUCUUAGCAGGACGUAAUCUACAUCCUGCAAUGCUCCCUCACAUCUCGACUCUAGUCCUUACCGAUGUACCACCAUUUUCACAAGACAGAGACGUGGCUGAUCGAAUUGUCUGCUUCAUCAAGCAAUGCGCUGAAGAGGCAUCACUCGCUCGCAAACAAGCCGAAUUGGACUAUUCAGCGCCACCCGGCCGCAAAGGCCACGCUACUGCUCUCAAACACUCUGCUGACAAGUUCUUUGCACUGAAGCGUCUCGUGUUGGAAGUAGCUCCCGAAGGUGGUCGUGCAAAGGGCAAAGCUAGCCCGUGGCUACAUCAGGAGACAAGGUCAGUGACCGAAGAUCGUGACAGCGAAACGCUCUGGAACGCGGCAUCGACAGAUUUCAGCUUUUUCGGCGAGGAAGAAAACAUGUUUCCGACUUUGGAGACCGGACGGUUUGCUGGGUCUGGAGCUACUGAGAAGGAAGUCAAUUUUGGACAGCAGGUUCAAGCACCGGUGCAAACCAAAUCCGUACCACCAGCACGAAUCGAUAAUAUUGCUUUGCUCUCUGCAUUCAGGAGAGAGCGAAAGCUCGCACAUCAACGUGCUGUAGCAGCGGCUGGCAACGCUGAUGUGCAGGUCGAAGGUCUCUGGGAUGGUAUAGUGCAAGUUGUACGCUCAAACAUGACCAUUAAGAGUGAUGAAGAAAUGGACUAUUAUGGGAACAAGUUUAUCAACAAUUACCUGUACCGAUGACGAGAAUACAUGCAAAAUUUGCCUUGUGCAAUCAUCAUCUGAAGUUCAUCUCCUCCAUCUCAACGAAAGCGCUCAUCAUCCGCUUUGACAAGAUCAGCCCCCUUUUCCGCAACAGCAUAAGUCGUACUCAUGAUAUUCCCAGAAACAUGGCCAGGGAAGACCGAAGCAUCGAUAACACGCAACCCAUUCACCCCCUUAACCUUCAACGUAUCAUCCACAACCUCACCCAUCGUACAAGUUCCAAUCAAAUGAUACUGUGUGGAAAUAUGGUUCCUCACAUACUCGAUCCGUUCCUCUUCCGUCUCGAUCUUCGCGUCCUGCGGCGGCAAAAUCCUCUCUCCCAAGCUCUUCGCCAUCACAGGCUGUUUGACCACUUUAUCCAUCCACUUGAUGCCUUCCGCGAGGAUUUUGGCGUCGGCCGGGUUGCGGAAAUAGCCUGGGUCGAUUCGCGGGUGUUUGGUGGGAUCGGGGCUGGUGAUGUGCACGGUUCCGCGUGAGAGGGGGUGUUCGGAGCAUACGAGCAUGGAGACGCGUUGUUUGCCUUUCGGUCUGCGAUAGCUUUUGUGUUAGAGGAAGCGAAGGAUGGGAACUUGAUGCGGCGGAUGACUUACGGUGCUGCGAAGAAUGCAAUCUGACUAUCACCUCUACUGACAUCGAGUUGGGCGCCAAUG